AUGAUCACGUAUUUCAAAGGACCUUUUACAAGCGUCAAGUGGCAAAGUUCUUCCACAUUAAUAUCUAUUCCUCUUCUCAAUAUCUAUCUAUCUAUCUAUCUAUCUAUAUCUAUCUAUCUUAUUCCUUUCACUAUCUAUCUUAUUCAUUUCACUAUCUAUCUAUCUAUCUAUCUAUCUAUCUAUCUAUCUAUCUAUCAGCCUGUUCAUAUCUAUCUAUCUAUCUAUCUAUCUAUCUAUCUAUCUAUCUAUCUAUCUAUAUAUAUAUAUGUGUUCUGUCAUUUAUUUUUCUUCCUUUUGUUCUUUUCCCUUUUUCCUUCUUUCUUUUUUGUUUCUUUGUUUCUUUUUCCUUUUUCCGCCCUUCAUUCUUUUCUGUUUCUUUUUCCUUUCAUCUUGCUUUUUUGUUUCUUUGUUUCUUUUUCCAUCCUCCUUUCUUUUUUGUUUCUUUAUCCUUUUUCCUUCAUUCUUUCUUUUUUUCUUUUUCUUUUUCCUUCCUUCUUUCUUUCUUUGUUUCUUUUUCCUUUUUCCUUCCGUCUUUCAUUUUUGUUUCUUUUUCCUUUUUCCUUCCUUUCUUUUUUGUUUCUUUGUUACUUUUUCCUUCAUUCUUUCUUUUUUCUUUCUUUUUCCCUCCUGCUUUCUUUUUUGUUUCUUUUUCCUUCCUUUCUUUUUUCUUUCUUUGUUUCUUUUUCCUGUCUUUGUUUCUAUUUCCUUCCUCCUUUCUUUUUUCUUUCUUUGUUUCUUUUUCCUUCAUUCUUCCUUUUUUGUUUCUUUUUCCUUCUUUCUUUUUUCGUUCUUUGUUUCUUUUUCCUUCCUUCUUUCUUUUUUGUUUCUUUUUCCUUCAUUCUUUUUUCUUUCUUUGUUUCUUUUUCCUUUUUCCUUUCUUCUUGCUUUUUUGUUUCUUUGUUUCUUUUUCCUUCCUUCCUUCUUUUUUGUUUCUUUUUACUUUUUCCUUCUUUCUUUUUUGUUUCUUUGUUUCUUUUUUCUUUUCCCUUCAUUCUUUCUUUUUUGUUUCUUUUUCCUUCCUUCUUUCUUUUUCUUUCUUUAUUUCUUUUUCCUUUUACCUUUCUUCUUUGUUUCUUUUUCCUUCUUUCUUUUUUCUUUCUUUGUUUCUUUUUCCUUUUGCCUUCCUUCUUUCUUUUUUGUUUCUUUUUCCUUUUUCCUUCUUUCUUUCUUUUUUGUUUCUUUUUCCUUCCUUCUUUUUUCUUUUUCCUUUUUCAAUUACAACAUUAUCUAUCUAUCUAUCUAUCUAUCUGUUAUAUACCGUAUCUAUGA